AUGCUGCAACACGGUGGCAACCUGUAUUCGAAGGUGGAAUUCGGCCAGCAAGCCAACAUUUAUAAAACACUGUUAGUUCAACGCCACCCGCAAGAGGUCCUUUUGCGCGAGCGCUUUCUCCUUGGAAGGGAGCCGCUUCCAAAAGACAGAGUCGAAAAAGGCCUCUGUAUUGAGGACCUUGUGCGGGCGCCCAAGGCAUACCCUGCGAUCCAGAAGCGAAAAGCCGUAGCCAUCCACUGUGUUCGAAAGCAGCCAAAGCAUUGCCCGAUGGAGCUGCUAGCUUUUGCUGCUGUUGACUUUCUCUCCGGACAAGUUUUGAUAAACUCGCGCGUUGUGCCGAAUAUAGGCUGGAACGGUUCCUCUCGCAGCGAGAGCCUCCAUGGCUGGAGAGAGGCACGGGCAAAUCUCUUCGAUUUCAUUGACCAAGAUACCGUCAUUAUCGGACACAAAGUUCAGGAUGAUUUGGAGAUACUACGAUUGCUUCAUAAGCAGAUUGUCGAUUCGCGAAUACUUGCCACGUCUGCCAUCUGCACGCCGCCAGCAAAGGGGCACGAUUAUAAACCGUAUUUGGAAAACGUUUGCAUGGAUUUUCUUGGUAUCAAACUCAGACAGGGUACGACUUGUCCUCUGGAAAAUGCAUUGGCGUCGCGAGAAAUUGUGUUGCACUGCAUCCGAUGGCCAAGAGAUCUGGAUAUCUGGGCCAAGGAGACGAAAGGUAGAUUU